AUGGAUAUUUCUAGCUGCAUCAACCUGCGAUGCGAGUGGCGAGGAGUAGGAAAGCAAUGCAAAUCUGCCACGACCCUCCCAACGGUUAGCGAACCAACUUUAAAUUAUAAUAUCAACAUAAAUAUUUAAGGAUGGCUUUGGACAUUAUUUCGAAUUUCUUAACGACGACGAGUCAGAUGACGAUCUUCUCACACGCAUAAAGGUUAGGAGAAAGAGUAGAGAUAGCCUCCUGCUCAUAUAGCUUUAUUAUUUCCCAAAAUGGAAUAAAAGAAGAGAAACUUUCAGGGUAGGCAUCCUCUAAAUACGUUUAUGAUCGUGAACAACGUUGAACUGGGUGAAAUGUGUCAGGGGAGACGACUGUGGUGCAAUGUGGCCCAACAGUCUCUUGGCGAAGGAGCUUACAAGGCGUUCUUCGAUUAUCUUCUAAGCCCUGGCAUUCCCGUCGCCCUCAGACCGAAGCUCUACUGCUAA